CCCACUUUCUUCGAAACCCUCGCCACCCCCUUCUCGAUCACAUCUCGUAACGUCUCCCCUCCCCCACUCACUUUCUUCGAUUUCCUCAGCCGCCGCCCCGUACUCGAUCGAUCGGAGAUGUCGAGCGCCCUGGACAUGUCCCUCGACGACAUCAUCAAGAACAACAAGAAGUCCACCCCCGGGGGCCGCGGGCGAGGCCGUGGAUCUGGCGCCGGACCUGCCCGACGCGUUCCCAAUCGGUCGGCGAACCGAUCCGCCCCCUAUUCAGUCGCGAAGGCUCCCGAUUCGGCGUGGCAGCAUGACAAGUACGCCGCUCAGACGGGUGCGCUCCCUGCUCCUGCUGGUAGGGCUUCCUCCAUAGAGACCGGCACCAAGCUCUAUAUUUCCAACUUGGAAUAUGGGGUUUCGAAUGAAGAUAUCAAGGAGCUUUUUUCAGAGGUUGGUGAUCUGAAGCGCUAUUCAAUAAAUUAUGACCGAAGUGGAAGAUCUAAGGGAACGGCUGAAGUUGUCUUUUCAAGGCGGGCAGAUGCUUUAGCAGCUGUUAAGAGAUACAACAAUGUGCUGCUUGAUGGAAAACCAAUGAAAAUAGAAGUUAUCGGAACGAACAUUUCAACACCGGCUGCUAUCCCUCAAUCUGUCUUUGGAAACUUUAAUGGCUCUUCCAAAAGCACUGGACCAGGAAGGGGUUCUACAGGGCCACAAGGUGGUGGCCGUGGAAGAGGGAGAGGCCGUGGUCGAGGCAAAGGCCGCGGUGAACCAGUUUCUGCUGACGCACUUGAUGCUGAUUUGGAUAAGUACCAUGCAGAAGCAAUGCAAACCAACUGAACACUUCUAGCUGGCUUCUUUGGUUUACAAUCGCUUGCUUGAUGCUGCUCAAUACUUUUACUGUUCUUCAAGCAUGCAUAUUGUAGGAAUUGAAGAUGAUACUGUUAAAGCACUUACUCGGUUUUGGGGCUUUCAUUUUCAUAUUGUUAUUGCUUUAUGACUUCUACUUGCUACUGGGGUUAAAGACAUAAAGUGAACAUCUGGUGUCUGUUCUUAGCAGUCAUUCAUUUGGUUGGUCAAGCUUCUUUCUCUUUACUUUA